CUCUUUCUCUCUCUCUCUCUAUAGAGGGAAGACGCAUCCUGUAAUCAGGUCACACUUCACUGUAGCCUCAGCAUCCGUCUCUCGCCCUUUAAAGCAGAGGAAUCGAGACAUCAGACAAGCGGAAUAAUGGUGUGGAUGAACGAUCUGGGAUGUCUUCUCGUCCCGUUGCUGAUGCUCGUACGGUUUUCCGUGCAGGUGGACGUUAAGAGCGGGAAAGAAGCGGAGAAAACGGGGAAUUUCAUGGAAGAUGAACAGUGGCUGUCCACCAUUUCCCAGUACAGUCGCAAGAUCAAGCACUGGAACCGCUUCAGAGAUGACGAUUACAUCAGAUCAUGGGAUGAAAGUCAAGGAUCGAAUGAAAAUGUGGACACUACUAAGGAUCCUUGCCAGAAGGUCAAAUGCAGCCGGCAUAAGGUGUGUGUCGCUCAGGGCUACCAGCGUGCUGUGUGCGUCAACCGCAAAAAGCUGGAGCACAGGUUGAAGCAGCAAGUCAUUAGACAGCAGCAGGAGAGUAACUGUAAAUCUUGCCCAGUAUCUUCCGAUGGUCCCGUUUGUGGCUCUGAUGGACACAACUACGCCUCGCAGUGCAAACUGGAGCAGCAGGCUUGUCUCACAGGAAAGGAGUUGAAAGUAAGAUGUGCUGGUCUCUGCCCCUGUACUGCCACCGUGGCUCCUGCUACAGACGUGGACAGCAAACACGAGAGUUGCACAGGGCAGGACCUGGCAGAUCUGGGAGAUCGCCUGCGGGACUGGUUCCAACUGCUGCAAGGCAACGGCAAGCAGAACAGCACGGGGAAUCCUGUAGCCAGUUCUGCAUCAAUUGUGGACCGAACUCUUGUUGCGACCUGUAAGGACUCUAUUGGCUGGAUGUUCUCUAAGCUGGACACGAACAGUGACCUGUAUCUGGAUCAAGCUGAGCUGUCUGCCAUUAAUCUGGACAAGUAUGAAGUGUGCAUACGGCCCUUCUUCAACUCCUGUGACUCCUACCGUGAUGGUAAAGUCUCCACAGCUGAGUGGUGCCUCUGCUUUUGGAGAGAAAAGCCUCCCUGCCUGGCUGAGCUAGAGCGAAUCCAAGUGCAAGAAGGAGCCAAGAAGAAACCGGAUACAUACAUUCCCAGCUGUGAUGAGGACGGCUUUUACAGGAGACUGCAGUGUGACAAGAGCAGAGGGGAGUGCUGGUGUGUGGACCAGCAUGGAGGAGAGUUAAUGGGCUCCAGAAUCCAUGGCAACCCCGACUGUGACGAGGUGGUCACGUACUCGGGCGAUUUUGGCAGCGGGCUCGGAUGGGAAGAUGAGGAGGAAAAGGAGGCGGAGGAGAACGGCGAGGAGGCUGAGGAGGAGGAAGGGGAGGUGGGGGAGGUAGAUGACGGCGGAUACAUUUGGUAAAACGAAAUGCGAUUCUCGCCUUGUUCGACGUAGCUUUCUGUGGCCCAUUUCUACAGAGGCAGCUCUAUCUUCUGACAUUAAACGGUGGACACUGGAGGGUCUGUCAUCUUUAUACUGCACUCCAAACAGCAUUGACUUGGGGAGGGUGGGGGGGAGGGUGGCUUGGUUAGUGUUAGCUGUAGUGAGAUUACGGUGUUGGGAAAGAGUUUUCAAUUAUUGGGCUUAUGGAUACUUCUGAAACAUCAUAUUUUUGUUGUAAGUGCAAGAGUUUUCUCCUGAAUCAGUCUCUAGCAUCUGCAAACACGAGCUCAGAAUUAGGCGCUUGAUAGGUGUGAUGUGAUGCAUUCUUAUGCAAGUCUAAUAAAUACAAACUUUCGUCACUAUACAUUCAGAAAUGAUACAGUCUAAAGCGACUUUUUAAAGUAUGUAUAUAAAGAUAGACAGGCUUUAGGGUCUAACCUGUUUCAUUGGAUCUUCUGUCGACCAUCAGCAACUGCUUUCUUUGGGAACUGAGACUGCUGCUAAUGUUUUUGCUGUUAAAAGUUUCUGUAAAUUCUUUGAAAUGUCCUCCUAAUGAUUUAGCGUAUAUGAACACAGAUUACUAUAAAGACAAAGAGACACAAAGUCUAAAAACACAAGCUCAAAAAGCUAAGACUGUUACUCUGUUCUGUUCUGGCUGAAACAGUCUCUGCAUCAUUUCUUUGCUUCCUUGAAGUAGAUAUAGUCGUAAAUGUCUUGAGAUAAAGUAGCCUUGUCAGUGUAUUUGAAGAACUAUUUCUCCACGCUCACAAACUACAACCGAUUUUAGGCUACUUGCCAGAAAUACACAAUGCACUUCUACAAGAUGAUCCUUGUCCUAAAGGCACUAUUUUUUUUCCUGUCUUUUGUGUAAUAAUCCACUGAAACCAGAGAUGGCAAAGCAUUAUAUUUUCAUAUAAAUUACACCUCAAUGCAGUAGCUUUCUCCCUCACCCCGAUGUCCAAAUCAUUGUUUUCUUUGAAAUGGACAGUCAUAAAUCCUGAGAUAUGUGCGCUCUGGUUUCAUAUGUCUGUCAUAAUAGAAUUUGCUUAUACUCCACUAGGUCAGGCUGUAAUACGGUACUUCUGAUGCAACAUGGCUAUUAUAACGAGGCAGUGUAUGGAUGAACAGGAGAGGCAGGAAUGAGUUUUCGAAAAUGCAUUCUGACAUAUUCUCCCUCGUAUACCCAAAGGGACCAAUCUGUCUUUGCAGAUGUCUUCUAAUCAGAUCUUCCCAUCAUUUGCAAUGAAAGAUGUGUUGGCUGUAAUGUUCCUAGGUGUAAAUAUGGUGCUGCAGGGAUUUAUAUUCAAGAUCUGAAUCUUAAAAUCUACGACUUAAGGUGAAGUACAUGAGUCCCGCAGUAAAAAAAAAAUAUGUUAAGCAUCAAGUUUUUAGGGUUAAAAUGCUGUAAAACGUGUAUGAAUUACAGACUCGGCCUGGUAUGAUAAUUCACUCAGACGGGGUUUCGAAGCUGCACAUAGGCAAGAUAAAAUGCAUUUGAUAUGGUAACAUCCCCAGCGUAAACACAUUCAUCAAUGUACCUCGCGUCUACAGAAGAAUAUAAAUCCUCCAAAUGUCAUUGAGACGAAUCUUGAAGAUAUUUAAAUUAGUUGUGGAUUAUCAUAGACGACACCACCUUGCUGGUGUGAUGGAGUGGAAAGACAGCCUGCUCAUUAAAAGUCAAUAGUGAAUGUCCUGAUGUCUUACUCAGCAGUGUAGAGGAGUCUGCUAACAGUGAUGUUAUACCACUUGGACUAGUGUAUGAUUGUAUUGUACUGUACAUGCCAUUAUUAUUGUAAAUACUUGGAUUUACUGAUUAGAAAACAUUAUAUUUA